CAAAAACAGCAGAGCGAGCGAAACGGUUCCCGACCGGAAACUGUAUCUAUCAUUCUUGUCCGCUCACCUCUCACAAUCAUCUCCUCCUCCAUGUAUACACAGCCAUAAUCGUCACCGUCAUGCUCUAAGCGAACCCAUCAAGUCGCACAACCGACUCCAUCCUCACUUUCUGGGCGAAAUCCUGCAAACCCGGCGGCCAUGGAUGCGCAAGCCCACCUCCUCUCCCUCGGCUGGGCCGGGCCCGGCCACUCACUCGACUCGCGGCCCUACAAGCAAAAGGGCCAUCGUGGACUCGCUUACGACCCAGCAAAAGUCGGCAACAACGGCAACGGACUCGUAAAACCGCUCCUGAUAUCCCAGCGCAAGGGACGACUGGGGAUCGGCAAGAAAGCGCACGAACCGCAGGCCGGGAAUCAAUGGUGGUUGAAAGGCUUUGAGAGCGCCUUGGGCAAUAUUGGCAAAAGCGAGAGCGAGAGAAGUAGCGGAGCCAGCACGCCUGUCGCCCAACACCCGCAAAGCGGCAAACAUGGCUGGCUUUACAGUUUCUUUGUGAAAGGCCAGGACAUGCAAGGGACGAUUGGCCGACUCGAUGAUGUAGACCAAGGCGACGGGGUACGGCCCAAGAAAAGAAAAAGCGAUGUCCUAGAUGAACAACAAUCGAUAAAAGAAACGGCUGUGGACGGAUCCAAGAAAAAGCGAAAGAGAGACGACAGCAAAGAAAAGGCAGUGGCCGAGUUCGAACAGGUCAGCACGUACAUUGCCCUCCGGGACAAGGAUGAAAAGCGUAGGCGGAGGACUGAAAGGCCCAGUCCUGUCGAGGAGUUCCGCCAGGUCAGCGAAUACAUGGAGGUUCGGUCGGGAAAGAAAGACGGCAAGAAGAAAAAGAAACGGCAUGGACAAUCUGUGGAGGAAGCGCAUGUUUCGGAAGGAACAAGCACGCCUGCUGUUACAGAAGGAGAAGGAGAUGAGACUGGACGUGCUGUAGAAACGAAAGAAGAAAGGCGAGAACGGCGCCGGCGCCGGAAAGAAGAAAAGGAGAAGAAGAGGAAAAAGACAGCGUCACAGGGCGACACUACCACGGCGGAGGACGAAGCAGUCCGAGACGGCAAAUCCAAAUCACUCGGUCGGCAUAAAGAGGCUGAUGAAACAGCGGAUGAUGCCGCUGCCAAAGCCGCUCGCCGCGCGGAGCGGAAAAAGAGGAAAGCAGAAAAGGCCGCCAAAGCCGGAUGAACUCGAGUUAUCUAAUGGCCUCGGGGUUGUCAAAAUGCCGGCGUUACAAUCACAUGUAAUGAUUUCGAUGAAUGUGAAGCGACUUCUACAUUUAGUAUCACUGUUCAAUCAGAGCCCAUGGGCUGAAUUGGUAUAUAACACAACACGGUCUGAACUCUCUUUUAGGACGCACCUCUUCAUUUCAAGACUAGGAGUCGAUUCAUUUCUCCACCAAUCUUCCCGGCUUGCCGCUCCGAAUCCAUGGUCGCUGGAGCCAAAAGUCAUCUUUGAUAAUGUCGACAUGCCUCGUCACGACCUUUGCCUUUUGCCUGGCCUUCUUAAUUUUUUCAGCCUGGGUUUUCGAAAUAGGGGCUUCAAUUCCGCGGCCGUGAUCUUCCUCCUCUGCCUCGAUAUUCUCAUUCAUCCCUUCCAGGGCAGCCCCACCGCCUUCGAGCUGCGUUGCAACCUGACUACCACUAGUCUCUCCUUCGGCAUUUUUGAGCCUGCUGCUACCAGUAGUGCCUUGUUCAAGCGCAUAUUCUCGGUAAACGACGCUUCCCUUGCGAAACAUCUCCAACUCAUUGUUGUAGUUGAUGGCGAACCGUGACCAAAGUAUCUCAUUCUUGUCGCUAGACACAGUUCCCUUUAAAAACUCCUCUGCGGCGGUCGGGCUCAUGCCGCCUUGUUGGACCAGGGCCCAGAAGGUCGUGUUGUAGAGGUUAUUAAUGUGGCCUGGAAUAACACCGUUAGACAUUUCAUGUGCCCCUGUCACUUGGUCGAAGCUGCAGCUCCCGACAGAACGGGAUUGAGAAAAGCGAACAAACAAUCGUGCGUACUUCGAAAGCACACGAAGACGACACCGACAACCCACACGGUACAGCCUUCUCUUACACAAUGCUCUCAGAUCCGACGCUCCAACUACAGAGCGAAGCGAGCAAACCAAAAUCCAUCAACGAGCAGUCGGCAAAGAAGAAGAACUUACAAUCAACCUGUCUCCAACUCAAAUAAUCUCUCAAAUUCUCCCAGGAGGGAUAACACACCGCCCUUCCAUCGAAUGUGGGCAACAUGCUCAAACUCAGACCUUGACCUCCUUCAUCUGCUUCACCUUCUUCACCUUCACCAUCCCCUUCUUCACUUCGACCACCCCCAUUCACAAAAACAUCCGGCCAAAGCUUCACAUAAGCAGCCGUAAACGCACUCACAAUCGUACUCACCAGCUUCGCCGCGCGCCUCUCAAACAAAUUCGUCGACCGAUGAAACACAAAACUAUAUUCGUCCGAGACGCCAUAUGCAAUCACAAUCUCCGGUAUCGACGUUACGACGUACUCAGCGGCUGCGUUCAUGAGAUUCAAGGCGCGUAUGUCGUUGGGUUUGUGGAAGUUGUAGUGUGUUGAUAGCCUGAACACCAAAACCUUCAGCAUGAGAGACGGAAGAGUUAAAACUGCGACUUGUAUACGAAGAGUACAAGUACAAGUACACUUGCACACUUAACUUACCGGUGAAAUCCCCGUCCGUCAAUUCUGACUACGAUCCAAGUGUUGGGCAACAAAAUCUCGUCGCGCUCGAAGGCGCGGACGUAUUCGUACCUGAAUGAAUUGGCCGGAGUCCCGUCAGUAGACGCGCCACUCCAGGUGCAGACUUGAUUCAUAUUGAAAGGCUUAUGGAAACCCCAAAAAUCCCAACUCCUAACUUGGAGGGGAGAAUAAAAGGGAAAACUUGACUCCGCCCUGCUUCUGAGCGCACUGCGUGGCGGCCGAACUGACUUACUUGGAAUUUGCCAUGACACGGAUGGGAUGAUUGUUGUGCCUCGUUUGGUUUUCGUUUCAAUCAUGUGGCCUCGGAGUCAUCGUUCCAUCAUUCACUUCAAGCAAGCACUCCACUUUCAGACUCAAAAGGAUUCGGCAGUAUAAGUUGUCCACGCGGAAUCAGGUACAAGAAAAGAAAAUGUAUAGUCUGGGCGGGUGAGCGUUGACUUUAUGGGC